AUGAGUGGAGAGAACAACGAGGAUAGGCGCACCUCCACCUCGCAGACACGCAAACAUUCGACUUCCUCCGGCAUGAACGAGCGGCGCGUAGAAAGACGUGAGGUCAGAGAAACGGAGAGGGAAGUGCGACGGACAAGGAGCCCGCUAAAGCACUCGACAGAAAGCAGAGUCAAUGCGAGGACGAGGACAGAGAAACCUGCGCGAGAAGAGAGGGAGAGACCACGUACAGCAGAACAUGCAAGAACAAAGUCUGAACCAGAGAAACCAUGGGAUCCUCGGGCCACUCUCAUACCACAUACAACCGCUCCGCUUGCGACACGCGUCUCAAUUCCACCGCUCGCUUCGACGGCGCCCACUACGCUACAGCCUACGCCUCUUGCACAACUGUUACUUGAUCAGCAGGAGAGCGCCAUAAUAGAAGACUUGCUGUUUGUGUUUAUGGGAUUUGAAGGACAGUACAUACGGUUUAUCGACUCGUAUAAUCCACAUGACGAGAAGGAACGACUCGUUGGGCCACAAUUCCGCAUACUACCUGGCCUAGAUCCGAGUCUGAGGGAUCUGACCAAGUCAAUGUUGACAAUGGCGACACAUUACAUCGCGGUGGAGACAUGCAUCGAGGUGCUAAGCAGGGAAGAAUACGGCGCGGUCAAUCAUUCGCUUUGCGCGGCUGUGAGGCGGCUGCUGAAAGACUACUUGACGCUGAUGGCGCAGCUCGAGCAUCAGAUGUUGACUAAUCAGUCGUUUACCCUACAUGUGCUGAAUCUACAUACCAAACAGACGAGCCAUAUGUUGUUCCAGCUUUAUACCACAGGAAUUGAACUGCUGAAGGCCAACGGAAUAUUGGAGGAUGACAAAGAUUCAGAUUCGGAAGACGACACGGAAAAUUUCGAGGCAAUAUUAGAAUCAGUACGAGAAGGUGGCAACGUUCAAUUAGGGACCAAGAAGAUAUGCAAAGGCGGAAGCGUGCUCGGGCUUAUAACGCGGCGACUGGCCUCGAUGUCGGGCGAUCCUGCAGCACGGGAACUGCUCACAACUUUAUUACGAGAGGCUAGUAAACCUUACAUGACGAUGUUGAACGAAUGGCUACAUCACGGCGGUAUCCGAGAUCCGCACGCAGAGUUCAUGAUCAAGGAGUCAAAGAGCAUAAAGCGGGAGCGACUGGACCAAGACUACACAGACGAAUAUUGGGAUAAACGGUACACGAUGCGAGACGCGCUCGUACCACCACAGCUCGAAGGUGUCAAGGACAAGGUCCUGCUCGCUGGCAAAUACCUCAACGUCGUCCGCGAGUGCGGUGGCGUCGACGUUAGCGGGAAAGUCCAAGACGUACCUACAAGCUUCGAUGACGCUCGAGUUCUGGACAAUGUCAACUCUGCAUACGCUUACGCCAACUCCUCGCUCUUCAAUCUUCUUCUCACAACCCACCAACUGCCUGCGCGGUUACGGUCACUCAAGCACUACUUCUUCCUCGAUCGAUCAGACUUUUUUUCGUACUUCCUUGAGCUAGGCGGUUCGGAGCUCAAGAAACCAGCUAAGAACGUUAAUGUCGGAAAGCUGCAGUCACUCCUGGACAUAAUCGUUCGACAACCUGGCUCCGUUGCGGCCGAAGACCCCUACAAGGAAGACAUCAAGGUGCAAAUCAUCGAGACGGGUCUGACAAACUGGCUCAUGAAAAUUGUCACCGUGACGGGAUUAGACCAAGAAGCUGCUAACGCGGGCUCAAUCACGAACUACACACCUGCCACCACCGACAAAGCGUCCGUUACCGACGACAGCAACUUAACCGGCUACGGGGCCCUCGUCUUCGAUUAUGCAAUGCCGUUUCCGCUCUCUCUGGUCGUCAGCCGGGUGACACUGACACGAUACCAGCUUCUCUUCCGUUACCUCCUCAGCCUCCGCCAUCUUGAAAACAGCCUCGUUGAAUGCUGGGGCGAACAAGGCAAAACCGCGACCUGGAAGCACCGCUCGCGCAACCCGCGCAUCGAACUUUGGAAACGCAAAGCAUGGACGCUCCGUGCACGCAUGCUAGUCUUCACGCAGCAACUCCUGUACUACUGCACCGCCGAAGUCAUCGAGCCUAACUGGGUCUCCUUGAUGUCCCGGCUCACGCAAGAAGACACGCCCGACACCAAAGCCAAAGUGAGACCACAUCAAGACGGAGACGGAGGCGUGAAGAGGACCGUGGAUGAACUGAUGCAAGACCAUGUAGAUUUUCUGGCGACGUGCUUAAAAGAGUGCAUGCUUACUAACAGUAAGCUGCUCCGCAUAAACAACAAGAUAACAUCCACCUGCCAAAUGUUCUCCACCUUCACACAGUCCCUCUCUCGCUACCUUAUCACCGGCGACCCAGAUCUUGUAGCACAGGCCAAUGCGGCGGCCGCCGAGAAGGCUUCCCCGACCUCCUCUCGCUCAGCUCCUUUUGUCUACGAUCCGCAGCGGGUAGAUAAGAUGUUCGACAUGCUUGGCAAGUAUGAGGAGAACUUUGCAAGGCAUCUGAAGAUUUUGCUGGACACGCUGAACUACCUUGCCGCUACGGAGACAGUCGUGUUCCUGAGUCUGUGUGCGCGGUUGCAGUCUGCAGGCGAGGGGGGCAUGGUUGCUAUGGUUGUCGGGGAGGGGUUCGGGGUUUGA